AUGUCAGAUACGGCGGCUGUAGGCGACCAGCAGCAACAACAGCGCCCAUGGGCAAGUCCGAGACAAGUACGAUAUAAAUAAAAGACUCAGAAUAGCUUGUUUUUUCAGCAACCUGUAAAGGGUAUUGUUCAACCUAGAGUUCUCCCCCCUUUCGGUAAACCAACAAGGCACACGAACAAGCUCGACUACAUUAUGAACACUGUUCUCAAAGAAGCAUCUAAACACAAACAUGUCUGGCCUUUUCAAAAACCUGUUGAUGCUCUUACACUGUGUAUUCCGGUGAGAUUAGUUUUUUUUUAACCGAAAUACAAAAAUUUAUGUUUUUUUAGCUUUAUCAUGAAAGAAUUGCUCGUCCGAUGGAUUUGAAAACUAUCGAAAAUCGGCUAAAAAGUACUUACUAUACAUGCGCCCAAGAAUGCAUUGAUGUAAUAAGUUGUGCGAAAACACCUGCAGUAUUUUUGAGUUCCAGGAUAUCGAGACUGUGUUCAAUAACUGCUAUGUAUUUAAUGGAAGAGAAGACGAUGUCACUAUAAUGGCCCAAAAUGUUCACGAGGUUAUCAAAAAAUCUCUCGAAAACGCUCCUCGCGAUGAACAUGAUAUGGAUGUUUAUUGGGGAAAAAACAAGAAAAAAGGAAAGGCUGCUGAUUCGAAGUCGUCGUCAGGUUCUGAGAAAAAAAAAGAAUUGCGUGGUCCAUCCGAAGCACGAUCGGAAUGUGGGAGUGAAGCUAGUGGAAUAGAAAAGGUAAGUAGCUUUUCCUGGAGACUGGUGUGAUAUUUUUAUCGAUGAGGCUUAACUCUUUAGAAGACUUUUUCUGAUGGAUGGUACCUUAUAGGUUAUAACAGAGAGGUUGACAAAAAAUUAUUUCUUUCUUUCUUUCUUUCUUUCUUUCUUUGUUUGUCUGGCAACUUUUUCAUUUUUAAAACGGAAAAGCUGCAACAGAGAAAUUAAAAAAUGAACACGUGACCUCUGGGAACUCGAUCGCAAUCUAAUUAGAAAACUUUGCAAUCUAAUACGAACUCGUUUGAAAUACAAUUUGCUUCAAUUAGAUUGCAAAAUCUUCUAAUUAGAUUACAAUCACUGCAAUUUUCUAAUUAGAUUGCAAUGUUUUCUAAAUAGAUUGCAAUUUUUUCUUAUUAAAUUGCAAUUCAGGAAAAAUAUAUUGUAAUCUAAUAAGAUUUUACUGGAACUUCAAUUAAAUCUGAUUAGAUUGCGAAAUAGAGCUUUUUCUCAUUAGAUUGCAAACUCUUCCAAUUAGAUUGCAAUCGAGUUUCCAGAGACCUUUCGAACGGUUCUGAGAAUACAAUACGCGAGCCCAGGUUCCAAAAGUCUUGUAACCUAUAACGUCAGAAGAGGUGCUCUAAGGACUUCAGCUACCUUCGAGAAUACUGACGAUGCACGAAAACAGGACGUUCAACCCUUGAAAUCUGAAUGAUAUAUUUUUUAAUCAUAGUUCAGCAGACAAAAAACGACAACAAUUUUAGGCUGAAAGGAAGCCGGCAGGAAAAAAAACUGUAAAGAGGAAAGCUGAGUCGGAUGAAGACGAAAAAACGGAGCCGCAACGUACGAAACGAGAAGCAGCAACAAAAAAAGAUCCUCAUCAUACUAUAUCUCCAAUUAUGAAGCCGUGUUUGAAGCUAUUGAACGAAUUUUACAAUAAGAAAUACCACGUAAGUCUUGAAUUGCGCGAAGCCUUUAAAUUUUUUUCACAGGAGAUCUCUUGGCCGUUUCAUGAGCCGGUUGACGCAGAGGGACUUGGCCUUCACGACUAUCAUAAAAUUGUGAAGGAGCCAAUGGAUAUGCGAACAAUCAAGAGAAAACUCGAAUCUUGUGAAUAUAAAGAUCCGACUGAAUUCGAAAGAGAUAUGAAACUGAUGCUGAACAAUUGCUUGCUAUACAAUCCAAGUGGGGAUCCAAUCAAUUCCGUUGGGAAGAGGUUUUUGGAAGUGUUUGAGAAAAAAUGGGCGACCUUGGGAGAUUCUUCGUCACGUGCAUCAUCAGUAGGCCCAUCGGCAACUGCUCCAGUCUUGACUUCGAUGAUUUCGAAGUUUCCAAAAACAGCGGUGCUCAACGAAACAAAGAAAGAGAUUAAAAAGGAACUAAUGGAAUUAUCGGGAUCCAGUUCUGAAGAUUUUGUUCAAAUAAACAAUGCCUUACGUAUGAUUAAUGAACGCGAGGAGAUGCUCCGUCUCGAAUUGGAAGCCGCUACGCGAUUGAAGGAAAAAUUGAGGUCUGUAAAGGCACGAAGAGAAGAAAAUCCAAGCGAACCGUUUCCUGAUAAACUGAUAAUCGAUGCGAGAAUGAUGUGUACGUCAAACAGUCUUUCAACUGUUACUGGAACUCCUAGUUACAAGGUGCGGAAUUUUAUAUUAUUGACAUGGUCGAAAAAAUUUCAGAACGGUAAAGGAAAAAAAGCAAAUACUUCAAAGAUGUACGAAUUCGAUUCUGAUGAUGAAGAAAACCGAAAAGUUAUGUCUUACGAAGACAAGCGUGGUUUAAGCGUUAUGAUCAAUCGGCUACCACCUACACACUUAAGUACGAUAAUCUCCAUCAUACAACGACGAGAAAAUAGUGCUGUUCGUCACAUUUCAAGAUAUAUCUGGUAGUCUUAGUUUCUAGAUCGAUAAGCAGCAACAAGCAGAAAGUGAAAUUGAAAUCGAUUUUGAAUCACUCGGAGAUAUGUGCUUGCGAGAAAUGGACGCUUUUGUGCGAUCAGUCUUGAACAUUAAAAAAAAUGAAGAUGACAUGGUAGCGCCGAAGUUAGAGUCAGUACCAGCAGAAGACAAGAAUCCUGUCGCUAACAGAGACGAAAAAAAGAGUAAGGCGUUUAAUAUGUUAUACACAAAAUUCCUCAAUCACAGAAAAAGGAUUCAAUAUGUCUGAGUCAUCCGAUGACGAGACCUCCAACAGCAGGAAACGCCGGAAGAAGGAUAGUAGCGAAUCGGAAAGUUCUACUUCAAGUGAUGACGAAUCUGAAGAUGAUAUAAAGAGUAAGCGCGUUGUUACAGUGAUAUCGCAGAAGUAUGGCGAAAGUUCCAAAAAUCUUGAAAGAAUGAUAUCCCUUGUUGUACACCAAGAACGGAAUAGAACUUAAAAGGAAAAGAACUGUUACGAAAUAGAACUCGCAACGUAAAAAACUGUGGGGAGUUAUACGACUCCGUUAAAUAGCUUGUUAUUAAAUAAGAAUGAGGAUUAUGGUAUCAGCCUCUAAUGAAAUUUGACAGCUAAAUUAGCUGAGCUAAUUAGAGAGUUUUCAAAUAUCAUCAUCAUCAUCAUCAUCAUCAUUCUUAUUUAAUGAAAAGCUUAUAUGGAGUCUGUCAAUUUCUUUCUUUCUUUCUUUGUCCCGGAAAUGAAUUGUCCAGCAACUUUUUCAUUUCUGAAACGAAAAUAGUAGUGACAGAGAAAUUGAGAAAUGAACACAAGAAGUUUCGUACGGAUCUGAGAAUCUAACAAGCGGCGAAGCCGCUUCCUAGUGUUAGCUCCUCGGACGAAUGAAUUCGAAUCUAAUCAUAGUGAAAUUAGUAUCUAACGGAACCUCUUUAGAUUCAAAAACUUCCUGAGUAUAUUCGCAAAUUGUCUUAUUAGAUUCGAAAUUUGUCUAAUUAGAUUCGGGAACCCGCCGGCGAAUCUAAAUAGGUUUGCAUUAGAUUUGAAACUUUUAUAAUUACACUUGGUUUUUCUUGCGAAUCUGAAGAGGUUGCGGUAGAAACUAAAAGCACCUAAUUAGAUUCGAAUUGAUUUGUAUGAGUCGGACCGCGCAGUUGGCUCUGUUUUUGAAAGUCUUGUAGUAAUCAUUCUUAUUUAAGUUGUUCUGUUUGUCCGUUCCACUUCAGUUAUAAAAAAAAACAUUGUGACAGAGAAAUUAAGAAAUGAACACGUGACUGGCGAUCUAAUGGCUAUAAGAAAGCAGAGUUGCCACGGGCCGGGCCGAAAUUUUCAAAACUCCGGCCCGACCCGGCCCGGUUCAAAAAGCGGGAAUCCAACUCUGGGAACUCGAUCGCAAUCUAAUUAGAAAACUUUGAAAUCUAAUACGAACUCGUUUGAAAUAGAAUUUGCUUCAAUUAGAUUGCAAAAUCUUCUUAUUAGAUUACAAGCACUGCAAUUUUUCUAAUUAGAUUGCAAUGUUUUCUAAUAAGAUUGCAAUUUUUUCUUAUUAGAUUGCAAUUCAGGAAAAAUAUAUUGUAAUCUAAUACGAUUUUACUGGAACUUCAAUUAAAUCUGAUUAGAUUGCGAAAUAGAGCAUUUUCUUAUUAGAUUGCAAACUCUUCUAAUUAGAUUGCAAUCGAGUUUCCAGAGAAAUUUUGAACUAUUGAUUAAAUAAAAUGUUUGUUUUUCGUAGAACUAACGAAUUUUGCAAGUAUCGAGCAUAAAAAAGCAAAAAUUGAACGACUUUCCACUUCUCAGACAGAACUUCGCAGUUGCAUCCGUGAUUUUCGCAACUUGAUUGCUGAAGAGCUUUUUCUCGUUGAACUGAGUGAUCUUUUUUGCUUCAAUUUUGAAUUAUCCUCUUCAGCACUUUUUUUUUUAAAAUUUUGAUCCCCGCAAAAAAAACGAAAAAAUAGAUUUCCCCCAAAAAUUUGAAUUCGCGCCUUUUGAGCCGGGCCGACCGGGCCGGGCCAGCAAAUUUUCGGCCCGUAAUUUGGCAAGUCUGUAAGAAAGAAACAAGCCGUUUUCGAGCGUAAGCUCGGCCCGCGCAGCGAGCCCCGGCUUAAAAGUCCUGUAUUUAAUAGUAAAAAUUUAUACUUGAAGAAAGUUUCACUUUUACUGUGCCAUUAUUAGAUGUAAGACAUCUAGUAACACGAUUUUUAGAAUCGUGUUACUAGAUGUUUUUUUUUAGAACUUUUUUAGAACCUGGGCCCGCUGCGCGGGCCGAGCUGCUUCGCCGCUACUCAGGUAAAUCGUUUUUAAUCUAGCUAGCUAAUUCGCGUUUCUAACCGGACCUAAUUAGAUUGCUAAUUUACUGCGAACAGAUUGCAAAUUCUUCUAACUGGACUUAUAAAUUAUCUAAUUAGAUUGGCGAAGCUAAGCGAAAACACUGAUUCAAAAUUUAUCUAAUUAGAUUAAAUAAGAAUGAUGAUAUCGAAAACAGUUUGCCAGUGUAAUGGGGUUAUUCAGGCUGUGAAAAAAUUAUUUUCCGUUUUUUUUUUCGUUUUUUUACGUCAAAAAAUCCUAUUCAGUGAUGUAAAAAAAAAAAACGAAAAAAAAAACGGAAAACAAACAUACGCUGAAUAGCCCCAUAAGAAAUUAAGUUAAAUCAUGAUAUUAGGUGUUACUGUUGAUUAGGGGUCAUGGAAAAUUCUACGUUAAGAAACCAUAUUCAGUAUCGUACUCCACUGUUCUCAGAUGUUCCCCGCAAAUCAGGUCAGCCGCCAUCAACGUCACGUGAGUGGAAUCACGGGCAGCCACAACCUAGAAUAGGAGGGAUGGGUGGUCAACCACCAACAUCACGUGUCCCACCUUCAGUUUCUCUGGCGAAAGUCGCAACUGUCACUUCUAAUCGUGAGCCUUUCUCGUUUUGCUAGUAGAAUUUCAUGACUGCUUCGUUCUCCUUCCAUUUGUCCGAGAUUGCAUUAAAAAAUUCUUGUAUCCAUAGCUGACAUCUCUUAUUUACAACUGAUACUCGGUAUUGAAGCGGUAUACUGCACUUCGUGUCUACUAAUUUCAUAAAUUUUAACUGCCAAAGUCGUUCCGUGGACCUCCAAAUUUCAUUUACCAUGUAAGAAUAACUGUAGAACAUUUUUUCGUAGCAAUUGUUAUGAAUUGCUUUGUAACGUAAGAUACAGUUGAUUUGACGAAUAAAAAGACUGUUCUCUAAUAUUGUUUCUAUUUAAAAGGUACUAAAGGUUUGUCUACAUAGGCACUGUUUUCAUCAUAAUCCAAUUAAGUUCUCUACGAUUCCCCUGAGUUCUCGUUGCUGAAAGAUUUCAAAGUUUUAAUCAGCACAUUGUUCUUAGGUACUCUUGUAUAACUCGGACAAAUGGAAUACCUGAAGUUGGUUUGAGAAUUGUUUUUAGAUGCGUCCAAAGCCUCUACUAGAACAGUCAAGCAAGAGAAAGGUGCAGCGGUAGCUGCAAAAAGCAACGAAAAGAUUUCCAAAAAAGCUGAAGUCGUAGGCAAGAGUAUUCUAGACAAACUACUUCCUGAUACGUUUGGGACGACGCAGGUACUCCUAAUUUUGGAAAUUGGCUUUUGAGUGUUUGGAUUUUAUAGGGGAAUGCCGACACGUCAUGCGCCCCUAGUGAAUUAUUAACAUCUCGAACUAUGCCCGCGGAUCAAUUAAUUAGUCCAACCGAGGUAAGAACAUGUUUUUGAAAUUCUACAAAAAGGUCCGUUGCAAAAAUGCAAAAAUUCUGGUGAGUGAUAAAACGCGCGCCUGCCACAGGUGAACUGCGAUUAUUGCAUCCUUCGUACUCUGCCAAUUCGAUAUUAAUCUAAUUAGAAAGUUACUGAUCUAAACGCGACCUAAUCAGGUUCGACUGUUUUUUCUUGGCGCAAUCGAGAUUUGAGCCAGCAGACGGUUGGCGUGAAACUUGAUUUGAGCACUUAUUAAUCUAAUUAGAAGAUUUAUUAAUCUAGCUAGACAAUUUAUUAAUCUAAUUAGGUGUCAUAUCAAUCUUAUUAGGCCGCCGUAUAACUCGAGUAGACUACGAUUAGAUUAAUAACGAAAUGCCAGAGUAUUCGAUAAUUCAAUCGCGGGAUAAUUAUCCGUUGAUAUUAUGGGGUUAUUCAGGCUGUGAAAAAAAUGAUUGUUUUCCGAUUUUUUCGUUUUUUUUACGUCAAAAAAUCCAAUUCAGCGAUGUAAAAAAACGAAAAAAACGGAAAACAAACAUACGCUGAAUAGCCCCAUUAAUUGGCCAAUCAUACGUCAAUCGCGAGCAAUAUCACUAACAACUGAUAAACCCGCUAGCGGUUGGUCAAUCCGCGACUGUCCGGCUCGCGGGGUGAUGUAUCAUUCGUCUAUCAUUGGUGAGGACCAUAUAAUUAAUCAACGUUCACCUGUGUGCAGGUUCGACCCCCACUCGGUUUUGUCCGGUUCGUCUUUCUUUCGAAAAUCUGCUGCGCUGAACGGACAUCCAAAAAGACAGACAGACAGGCGUCUCUUGUGUUUUAGAUAAAAGUACGGCGACCAAAAACGUAGAAAGGGGCGUGGCCUAGCGUGCACGGUUUAUCACCAUUUUGGCGCGAAAUUCAAAAUUUAACCCCAUUUUUCAUGUUUUUCGUCAAAAAUUACCCAAAUUUUGUACGGGUUUCGACGAUGUAAUUGCAUAACUUUCUUAAACUAAUCAUCGCGCACUUUUUGAGCUUAAAACUAGCAGGUUUCAUUCAGAAAUUCAUUCAAUUGAAUCGACUUUAAGCUUUGUGCUCAAAAUGCGCGAAUUUCAGUCAUUCGCCGAUACUUUUUGCCGUUUGAACGCUUAAAAUACUUGUAUUAACGUGCUUAAUCACUUCCGACACUCACUUCGUCUCAAAAUUAUCCAGAUCGGCCGGUAUGAAAAUUUCGAAAUUGCGGCGGCGAUUGGUCGCGGAGAGCGUAUUGCGAAAUAUGCUAAAAACGUCUCAAACGCGGCGUUUUCACGAAAAUUUCGAUGUUUUCUCUCUUUAAUGUCUUCUUUCGUCGAUAUCAAACACAAAAAUAUCGGAAAAGUGCUGGAAUUGCGGCAAUUUUAAGAAAACGCGUCUCAGAUUAGGCCACGCCCCUUUCUACACUUUUGGUCGCCGUGAAAAGAAAAAUUAUUAGAAGCUGCUAAUCAGAAUACCAGAACCCCAUGACGGGGUUCCGAAGACGACGCGAAAUGGCAGCAAGCCAACUCAGUACACCUCUGCAACUUCUGAGCAAACGUUCAGCGUCAUCAACUUUUCAACAACACUUCUGCAGCUUUUGAACAACACUUCUGCAACUUUUAAGCAAAUGUUCUGGCGAUAGAAACUUCUGCGCAGAACUUCAGCAACUUUUGCACAUAACAUUAGCCGCGCUUGAGCAGAAGUUAGGUAAAAGUUGCUGAAGUUCUGCUGAGAAGUUGCAGAGGUUUACCGAAUUCAAAUAUUGCCCCCAUGUGGGAAUUACGUAGCUGAGUAGGGACGCCACCGUAUUUCCAUUUAAAAUUUAAACGCGCGCGCGCGUCUCAUCCUCGUUGUCUUCAGAACCCCGUGAAAUAGUUUUCAAGAAAAAAAAACGAAAACUUUUGGGUCGGCACGUACUUUCUGCCAGUGUGCGCUCCCCGGCGCCGACAAUCAAGGGAAAACCCCGGGAAACAAGUGACGGGCGUGCACACUGCUUUCUGCACCUUCAUACUAUGACAGGUCUUUCAAUCAGUUAUUAGCCUGGCAAAGGUGGAAAUCCCGCUCCGCUAGACUGGGGCCUCGGCCGCUGUGCAAAACUUUGGCCCUGUCAGCAGUUUCGCAUGUUGUUUUUCAAUUGGCUGAAGCGUAAAACCUUGGCCCCUGGCCAAGUCUCUCUCCGAUGCAACUAACUGAUAGAGAUACAAACUUUUUACAGAAUGGCGAAAACGAGGAAGCUAGAAUUCAAAGAAUGCGUAUGGAAGUAAGUGGAGUAUAAAAUGUGCAGCUAGUAUCAUAAAGAGCAUUUCGAAAUGGAACUACCCCGCAAUGGAGCUGUGCCCGGAAUGGAGCUGACCGGAAUGGAGAGAAUAUUCUGUGGGAGUUCCAUUUCGGUACAGUUUCAUUCCGGUCAGUAGUGAAAUUUCCUAUAAUACGCUCCGUGCGACACCCGAUGUCGAAAAAGGCUUCGCACACUUCAGCGAAUGUAUAAUAGCUCAGCGAAAUGCAUAAUAGUUUACUUCAGCGAAUGCAUAAUAGUUUACUUCAGCGAAUGCAUAAUAGUUUAAAGUGAUAAUGGAUUUACUUAUCGAAAAAAGAAACUGCUAAUAUCCGGACUUCAUGUGUUUAUAUCGUCAUACGGAAUUGCCGAAAAAUUGAAAUUUUAUUUGUUGUCCCUCUGAGUUGUAAUAUCAGUAGUCCCGCAAAAAUUUAUUUUUUAGGCAAAGCGUGCCAGGGAGCGUGAAGAUGAAAAUUCGGUUUCAAUGGUGACCCAGAUGGAAAUGAUGACGGCAUUUGAAUUUAAUAACCUCUACUAA